AAACAGAUACUCCUAAACUAAAAAUUAACUACUUCCUUAGUUGAAACAUAUCAUGAAAUGAAGUGUUUCCACUUCACUAACGCCGGAGACAAAACACCUGACAACAACAACAAUCCAAACGCGGUCGUUUCACGGUCAUCCGCCAGAGUCUCAUGGGCACGUUCACUCAGCGUCGCAUCCUCCACCACUGCCACCGGCAGCGAUACAACAACUCGCCGGUCCGAGUUCGAUUCUUCCGAGUUGUGUAACCCAGUUGGGUUUUUGACCCAGAACGAUCUCAGGGUCUUUAAUUUUGCAGAACUGAAAUCCGCAACGAAAGGUUUUAAUCGGUCGCUUAUGAUUGGUGAAGGUGGUUUUGGGUGUGUUUAUAAAGGCGUUAUUAUUGGUGGAGAUAUUGAUGGUUGUGAUUUGGAUGUUGCGGUUAAGCAAUUGAAUCGUAACGGCUUUCAGGGGCAUAAGGAGUGGAUUAAUGAAGUGAACUAUUUGGGCGUAGUAAAUCAUCCAAAUCUUGUGAAGUUAGUUGGAUAUUGUGCAGAAGAUGAUGAAAGAGGUAUUCAACGGCUUUUAGUCUAUGAGCUUAUGAGUAAUAAAAGUUUGGAAGACCAUUUAUUGGCUCGUGGGAAAUCUCCUCUUUCAUGGAUGACCCGUUUACGGAUUGCUGAAGGUGCAGCUCGCGGGUUGGCGUAUUUACAUGAAGAAAUGGAUUUUCAGUUGAUCUUUAGAGAUUUCAAAACUUCAAACAUUCUUUUGGACGAAGACUUUAAUGCAAAGCUCUCAGACUUUGGACUGGCAAGGCAAGGUCCAGCUGCUGGACUAAGCCAUGUUUCAACAGUGGUUGUUGGGACAGUAGGUUAUGCAGCACCAGAAUAUGUUCAGACCGGCAGACUAACAGCCAAAAGUGAUGUUUGGAGCUUCGGGGUCGUCCUCUAUGAGCUUAUCACCGGUAGGCGUGCUUUAGAACGAAACUUACCCCGAAACGAACAAAAACUUUUGGAAUGGGUGAAACCUUACAUUUCAGAUUCAAAAAAGUUCCACCUAAUAAUUGACCCGCGUCUUGAAGCAAACUACUCACUCAAAUCAGCCCAUAAACUUGCAUCUUUAGCAAACAAAUGCCUCACAAAGAACCCCAAAUCUCGACCCAAAAUGAGUGAGGUGGUUGAGAUGUUAGGGAACAUUAUUAAUGAUACGUUGCCACCUCAAGAGGAACCCGAAAUGGAACCCCAAGUUGUUGCAGAUGAGGCCGAACAAGGCCCAGAACAAGUUGAUUUAGCGAAAGAUGAGGGUUGUGGUAGUGGUAACUACAUGAGGCGGGUUUUUGAAUUUAAAGAAUUGGUUAGUUUGAGACACAGAUCGUGUGGGAGACUAGAUUGGCGGUAUUGGACACACGGGAGUCGUUGAAAAACAGGGGUUCAGGCAUUCUGUGUAUUGUAUCCAUUUGUUUAUUGUAUUCAAGAAAUGCUCUGAAUUGUCUAAUUAAUAAAGCUUUGUUGGGCAAGUUCAAGCA